AUGCAUGGUAUUAGCAUCCCAAGUGUUUCGCGUAUCCUGCAUGCUACCACAGAUGCCAUUUGUGAUUCGUUGGACAAUAUCCACUUUCCGACCUCUGUGAGUGAGCAGCGCGUUGUGAAGGAAGGUUUCCAUAAACUGGCUGGUUUCCCCCGAGUUCUCGGAUGUAUUGAAGGCACGCUCAUCCCUAUCCAAGCUCCGACUGGUGACGAGGAACCCUCCUACGUGUGCCGGAAAGGAUAUCAUGCAAUAAAUGCACAGGCUGUGUGCGAUGACAAACUCAGAUUCCUUAAUGUGGUUAGUAGAUGGCCUGGGGCAACACAUGAUGCAACAGUGCUGUCUAGCUCUGCCCUGGGACAACACCUGGAAAAAAACCCUGUAGAUGGCUGGCUGCUAGGUGACUCAGGGUAUCCAAGUCGUUCAUGGCUCUUGACACCCAUUCUAGAGGCACACACACGCCCAGAAGAGCGAUACAAUAGUUGUCACUGCAGAACAAGAAAUGUAGUAGAAAGGGCCUUUGGCGUUUUAAAAUCAAGAUUCAGAUGUCUACACAAAAGCACUGGCUGCCUUCCCUUCACCCCAGCAAAAAGCUCCAAAAUUAUUAUGGCCUGCUUCAAGCUGCACAAUUUUUGCCUAAGUAGAAAUAUGCCCUGUCUUGUAGAUCAUGACCUAGAUGAAGAUGAGAAUGAUGAUAAUCAUUUUCCCGAUGGUUCACCACAGACUGAUGGACAAACUGUUCGCAGAAAUAUCAUUAGAGAGAGAUUCACAUAA